UUUUAGUGAAACGCAUGCGCAAGAGAUCACAGAUCAUGAAUUUAUAGCGCUACAUGUAGUCGGUAUGACAGAUUUUCUAACCUCAACAGUCGUCAACUUUAACGCUUAAUAUUUCGGUUCGGAGGGCAUAGCGGCACUUUUUAUUGCCAGAUUCGUUCGUUCCGUACAAAAACGCGUCAAAUGAGUGUAUUUUUAUCAAAAUUUGAACUGAACGAGGUAUUCUAUGCCUUUACAGGUGUGAGCAUGGAGCAGCUGCAGACGGCAUUGACCGCUAUCAAAGUACUCCGGUCCAACGUCGGGCAAGUGUUUGAUUCUCUUGGAAAUGGCUUACGGGCAGAACAUGGGGAGGAGAAUAAAGAAUCCAAGUAUUUGUUUGAGUUACAGGAACUGUUGACCACUGUAAAUGUUAACUUGAGAGACGUAGAACAGGCGAUAAGUAGUUUAAAUCCACCACCCGGUCCUUUCAAUUUAGCCAGCACAACUUACCUCAGUCAAGAGACCACACAAGAAAGACAAGCGUUGUAUAGCACACUCGUUAACAGUUAUAAAUGGACAGAUAAGAUUCAUGAAUAUAGUAACGUUGCUCAGUCCUUGCUCAGCCAAAACUCACUAAAGAGAUCUUACACAAGUUCAAGUAGAACAAAAAGGGGAAGAUAUCAAACCAGCAAUCACAAUGUACCUCAGACGCAAGUUGACUCUAUGAUAUCAACGUUUGAUCGACUAUUCAAUGACAUGACGGUAUCCGUGUCUCGUCCGUUUGCAUCGAAUGCAGUAUUACAUGUUACACUGGGACACGUCCUAAAAGCAGUGAUAGCGUUUAAGGGAUUGAUGAUCGAGCGGGUAGUAGUCAAGGGUUAUGGUGAAACGAUGGACCUAUGGACGGAAUCUAGACAUAAGGUCUUUCGCAAAGUAACGGAAAACGCGCAUGCCGCAAUGUUGCAUUUCUACUCGCCUACGUUACCCGAGUUAGCAGUGCGAUCAUUUAUGACAUGGUUUCAUAGUUUAAUCAAUUUGUUCAGCGAACCGUGCAAACGCUGCAGCUUGUAUUUGCACAGUGCGCUUCCUCCGACUUGGAGAGACUUCCGAACUUUGGAGCCUUAUCAUCAGGAGUGCAAACCAUAA